CAGGUCACUUCCGCACUCCGCUGCUGUUUGCAUGUAGCUUGUUAGCCUGUUAGCUUCCUGGGUGUCCUCCUCUCUCACUGACAGGGAAAGUCGCUUUAUUCUCCAGAACAGAAGCGAGUAGCUGACGGCUCAAGCUCCCAACUGCGUCCAGGUUCGCUUCUUUCGUUACCCGCAGGAUAAAAACAUAACGGCGUUGCUCAUGAACUCAACCAGGAAGCGACCGUUAGCGUAGAGGAAGCUGCAGCUCAUCUUCUGCUGGAUCCGUCUUCCCCUCAUCUGUCAGCUCGUCCGAGAGCAUCUAGUUUGCUGGUUCCAUUCCUUCACAGCAGGAGCAGGCAUGGAGAUGUACAGCUGUCCCAGUAGAAGGCCCUUCCGGGUGUGGACCCUUGUAGUUCAGCUGGUCCUUUGUGGGAGUGUGGUGUUCGCCACUGACGGCACCAACAGCUGUAAAGUGCUCUAUGACUCCAAGUCAGACCGAGAAGUCCUCAAUCGACUGGCACCGCUCACCAAUAAGAGCUUUACAGUAGAGUCCCCGGACAAAGACGAGAAUUACAAGUACAUAUUCCAGUUGUGUGGAGAUGCAGGAGGCGUUCAAGGGGCUGGGCUCAUUCAAGUGGACAGCAAGGGAACAGAAACCAAAACAACCGUGAUUGGACUGUAUAAUGCAACGCAGGCCAUCGGGGGAGGUGACUGGGUGAUGUUGAUCUACAGGAACGGCGAACCAUAUAAUGCCCACUGCUCCAAGGAAAAGAGAAAAGCCUUUGUUAUGAUCUCAUGCAACCGGAAGGUGGAUAUGGGCCAGCUGGAGGUGCUUCGGGAGGAGAGAGAGCGGGAACAAGACUGUUUCUACCUGUUUAAGUUGGACUCCAGCGCGGUGUGUCCAGAACUUUCGUCUAAGCUCAGCUCCGGCUCCAUAUUACUCAUAAUUGGGGUUUGUCUUCUGGCUGUUUACCUCAUUGGAGGUUUCCUCUACCAGCGGCUGAUUGUUGGCGCCAAAGGGAUGGAGCAAUUUCCCAAUAUCGCUUUCUGGAUGGAAUUUGGUAACCUGACAGCGGACGGGUGUGACUUUGUCUGCCGCUCAGGAAAUCGCGAGGCCUCCCCAGCCUACAGGGCAGUUGCCCCAGAAAGUUUGGAGGAAGAGCAAGAAGAGAGAGAUGACCACUUACUUCCUAUGUGACCUGAAUAUGUCAGAAAUGGGACACAAUUUCUCACUGUGUGACACAGUUCACUCUUUCACAAGUUCGAUGAAACUGCUGUUAUACCCAAGUGUGUUUUUGGUUUGUUUGUGUUGGUAUGGACCUUCUCAAAGUUUGUGUGUAUUUCAGACAUGUGCCUAGGACAACUACUGAUCUGCCUGUCACGUAAAAUGGCAAAUUACUCACAGGGCUGAAAACCUGCUUUCUCGUUAAACCAUGAAUUUCAUGCUUCUUGUUUGAAAUAAGUCAAUGAGUAAUUCAUCCUCGACUGCAAAGUGACGAGUGUGAUGUUUCUUACGUGAAAAUCUGAGUUUGGAUUUCUAAGUUAUCUCAACACAGUGACAUAUUGCUCAUCUUAUUCUGCUUAGCUAAUCACGUUAUGUGCAGGUUGCAGCAAGCUAUUCGUAGCGGGGGGGGGGGGGGGGGGGGUGUGUGCAAUGAAAGUUGCAGGUUACAAAACGCACACAAGUCCUUUCUCUUGUGUUCUCCAGCUUCAAUUUGUUCUUGGAUGCUAUAAAAAGAAGAGAUUGAAUAUGAGAAUGUAAGAGCCUAAUUUUAAGUGUUGUGAAUAGUCUACACAAAUAGAAAUCACUGCAAAAUCUAUAGCUGGGAAAACUUUUUUGUUUCCCUAUUCCCAAAUUACCAAGAAGAGUUUCUGCGUCUGUGCAAAUAUCUAUAAAUUGGUAAAUAUUA